AUGGCGAAGCCGUGUUCAGGCGUUAUCAUGCUCCUUCGCGCCGCCACCCUGCUCGUGCUGUUGCGCUCAUACUGUCCACCGUCACCAUCACCACCAUGGCCAUCGUCGCCAUCACUGCAGGUGCCGCCACAAGUACUGGCCGCGUUUGGCGAUGUGGCGGCGGCGGUGCAGCGGGCAGCCAUCGCCGGCAACGAAAACUACGACCGCCUCCACCAAUACCGAAGCACUGAGACGGACGUGUGUGUGUCGUCGGGGCGAAAAAUUAUCGACACGACGGCCGUUGCACUGGAGAAUCCGCCCGUCAGCAACUCCGCCCUCAAGGCCACGUUCAAGUCGGCGCGCGUGUACAAGCCGCGUGAUCGCGAGGAAGCGGAAAUUGUCCUCUGCAGUGAUUGCAUUUUCAUCGCUACCACGGAGCGCGAGUGUCUGUCACCCUUGUGCAAGUUGAGCGAUUGCGUCAUUGCGCAAACGGACUUUCCCUCCACCAUCGCCCUGCAUCUCAACACGACGUACCUGAUCAAGUUCAUCUCUGAGAUUGCACAAAGGCGCUGGCUCCAGCUUUUUGCUCAACAGGCGAAGCUGCCUUCGAAUUGGAUCGAUUCUCUUCCUGUUCUUCCGGAAUCCCGGCGAGCAUCGCGGCGGCACCGGAAGAUGAACACGCUGGACCCCACGCUCUCUGAGCAGCAGAGGGAACAGGUGCUGCAAGUCCUCGACCUGGCCCUCCACGUGAGUGAUGUUGUGUCUGGAGAAGUUGGUGGGCUGGACCAGAACCGCCUGAACAAACUGAAGAAGGAAGUGAACAAGACGACAACGCCGUUCACCUUCUCGCGCGUGCUCGCCCAACAGCCAGCGCCAUCAUCAACAUCAGCCGUUUCCUCACGCCGGCGAACGAGUGACGAUGGUGGUGGUGGUGGUGGUGGUGGUGGCGGUCUCUUCACGGUCCCCAGUGCAAACUCCAUCGCCACAACAGUGAGCGGUGGGAGCAACACGUCUGGUGCAAGCGGAAGUGUUGCCAGCACGGCACCUUCUGCUGUUGGUGCCGUUGGUGGCAGUGGCAGCAAGGGCCGUGUUAGCAAGUCGCAGGAAGCAUUUUUCAAUGUCGUGCGAGCGCUCGGCGCCCCGCAGUCGGAUGAACACCUCACGUCGCGAGCGCGAAAUGUAAUUGGGGCUCUGCAAACGAAGAAGGCGCAACUCAUGGACGAGUUGGAGAGGGUGCAAGCUGAUCUGCACAUGAUCGACGACAUUCUCUCCAACCGCUCACUGCUGACACUCACGCAGCUGUUUGGCGCCAAUAGCGCCUCCUCUCUCUCCCUCUCCUCCAUAUCCCAGAUGUCGACGCUCACCUCGUCCCCGUUCGUUGCAAACGCCAGCGCAACCGGUUCUGCGCAGGUACACCGGUCCUCCGCCAGCCCGCUCGGCUCUUCAUCGUUCUCUGUUGCCCCGAUACCACCACCGCCAUCGUCAACGUCAGUGCAGCACGCGGCGCUUUCAUAUCCGUCACCAUCAUCGGCGCGGCCAACUGCUGUUGCACACGGAUGGCAACAACAACAACAACAACAACAACAACAACAACAACAACAACAACAACAACAACAACAACAACAACAACAACAACAACAACAACAGCGGGACGAGGACUCGGCUGCAGUUUCUUCUGUGCUUUCGUCGAUGGCACAGAAAGAUGGUGUGAUUGAUCUUCGCGCAAUUGCACAAAACCACCACGAGAUUUGGCCCGCUCACGUCACGAUUGAGCAUCAUGGAGACACACCAGAGCACGACCACAUCACACCCACGCCCGCAAAUGAGGCUGCUGAGCCGCUUGGUAUUGCGGAUGUGUUGUCGGAAUGCAAAUCCCUUGACGGCCGCAAUCAUUUUAUUGCUGGCGAUGUUGUACAUGUGUGGAAAAUGUUCAACGAAACGUGGCUUGUCUCCAGAUUCACUGUCCCACAAUCGGGCAAGACGUUCGUCCCAGCACGCAAUCUCCGCAUGCGCACAUCACACACGCAGACACAACAACAACAGCAGCAACAACAACAACAACAACAACAACAACAACAACAACAACAACAACAACAACAACAACAACAACAACAACAACAACAACAACAACAACAACAACAACAACAAGAGGAGGAGACCCAAGGGAUUGCUGAUGCGCGUCGGCCAUCGCUUCAGCGCCAGCCAAAGACGGGCGGCAGCAGCAUGGCCGAUGAGACUGAUGGUGAUUUGGACGACGACUAUGAUGAUGAUGAUGACGCCGAAGGUGAGGAGGAAGAUGAUGCCGACACGUUUGAUGACACAUAUGAUGAGUUUGAUGAUGAUGGUGCGGAUGAGGCUGGCAUCAACGGAGAGGGAGAGGGGAAUGGCUACAGCCACCGCGGCAAAAAGGGACGGGGCAGCAGUGGACGCAACAGCCACGACCGCAGCGUUGACAACGCUGGUGUCAACGGGCAAGCGGCGAACUCGGCCAACUCACACCAGACACCAGACACGCAGCAGCAGCAGCAACAACAACAACAACAGCAGCAGCAGCAGCAGCAGCAGCAGCAACAACAACAACAACAGCAGCAGCCCAGGUACGAUGACAAUGGUAGCGAUGGUGCUGAUGCGAGCGGGAGUGCGAGUGAGGGUGGUGGCGGGCGACGGCGGCCAAUGUUUCGGACGAUGAGCUCGAUGGCGCAGCGGCUGAAGAUGGAGCUGAACAGGCAUCGUCACCACGACCAGCACACGCUGCCAGAUGGCACUGAUGCGCAGUGA